GGAACUGACUCCUUGGAUGUUCCCCAGCAUAUUAGAUCUCCCCUUGUAAGGUCUGCCCCUAGUAACAAUGUGGGGUGAGGAGAGGGUACAUCUGCUGUGGGUACACAGGUGAUUCCCGACGAUCACAAAAAUUAGCACCUUAACCCGCCCGGGAUCUCCCGCAGGGUCCUUAGAAGGCUUCGCGCACGCGCAGAUUGGAAGACCUCCGCCCGGCGUCGGGGGCGUUCCCCCGGUGCUCUAUGCAAAUUAGCCGCGGUAGAGCUCCGCCCACCUGCCGCGGCUCCGGAAGUGGCCGGUCCCCGCGCGCGGGCCCCACGUCGCGCGCCGCCAUACGCGCUUUCGUACGGCUCACGCCUGGCAGCUCGAGACCCCCGGGACUCCCGCGGCCAUGGCGUCGCGGCCAGUGCGCGUGCUGGUGGACAUGGACGGCGUGCUGGCGGACUUCGAGGCCGGCCUCCUGCGGGGCUUCCGCCGCCGCUUCCCCGAGGAGCCGCACGUGCCGCUGGAGCAGCGCCGGGGCUUCCUUGCCCGCGAGCAGUACCGUGCCCUGCGGCCCGACCUCGCGGAUAAAGUGGCCAGCGUGUAUGAAGCCCCGGGCUUUUUUCUAGACUUAGACCCCAUCCCGGGGGCCCUGGAAGCCAUGCGGGAGAUGAACGACAUGCAAGACACCGAAGUCUUUAUCUGCACCAGCCCUCUGCUGAAGUACGACCACUGUGUGGGUGAGAAGGGUCUUCAGGCUGCGCUGACACUGCUGUCUCCUACACAGUACCGCUGGGUGGAGCGGCACCUCGGGCCCCAGUUUGUGGAGCGCAUUAUCCUGACGAGGGACAAGACCAUGGUCCUGGGGGACCUCCUCAUCGAUGACAAGGACAGCAUUCAAGGCCUGGAGCAGGCGCCACACUGGGAGCACAUCUUGUUCACCUGCUGCCACAAUCAGCACCUAGCCCUGCCCCCCACGAAGAGACGGCUGCUCUCCUGGAGUGACAGCUGGAGGGACAUCAUAGACAGCAAGCGGGGAGCUGUGCAGCAGGCAUGAGCAGACCUGCAGUGGACGGCGCUGACCGGGCAGGGGCCGGGUCACCCCUGCAGGGCAGGACAGGACAGACUCCCCCAGAGCACAGGCCCAGCCCCCGGUACCUCCCGCCAAGGUCCCCUAGCAUGGCCGGCACGGAAUUAGUGACAAAUAUCCUGCAAGACCAUUUUAAUAAAAAACUUGAGCUCUCUGGU